UUAUCAUCAAAGGUCUCACAAUGCAGUAGAUGAGGCUGAAAAUAGUUACUUUUACCAAUUGUAGUAAUAAAUAGUUCUAUAGUGUAAGGCCUGGGCAGGAUGUGGGAAGGAGCUCUAACUGAGUCAGGGCUGUUUCCUCAAAGCUGGCCUUAAGAACCACUUACAUCAGAAUUGUUUGGGAAGCUUUUUUUUUUUAAUGCUGAUUUCUGGGCUUCACUCCAGAUCUCCUGAAUCAGAACCUCUGGAGUGGAACCCAAAAUUCUGCUUUACCAAAACAAGUUCUGAGGCGAUUCCUAGGAAGGCUGAAAUUUGAAACUGCAUGUCCAGGGUCAGGAGGACUUCUCUGAGAGGUGAUCUCCAAACUGAAAAAAUGGAGUGGGUUGGAUCUAAACAAGUAAUUACAGAAACAACGUGGAAACAGCAUGUUCUGAUGAAGAUUAACAAUUAUGUACAACAUUCCUUCCACGCGCCUGAAGUGUCAACAGUAAGGAAGUAACAGUUUGAGUGGGGACCUGGUGGCCAGAAAGUGAAAGGUGUUUUGGGACAAGGACCAGUGAGGUGUGGCUGGACAACACGUGUCUGGAAAUCCCAGGGCCUGUUGAGACUUGGAGAGAGGAGACAUGGACUCAGGUCAAGGGUCAGCACAGUGACUUGGGGUGAAGUGCGGGACAGACGUGCAGACGGGCGCCCUUUGGAACCUCGCCCAGAAGCAGCCCGCAUACUCCAUGUGACCUGAAGUGAAAAGACAACUGGACCUGGGGAUGUCCCAUCCAGAAAGCAGAUGAGCUCAGAUCCAAGAUUCCCGAAGUCAGUACCAAGACCCCAGAUGUGUCCAGAGACAUCCUGAACAGAAAAAGGGACUGAGGAGCCUUAGAGCACCCACAAGGAUAUUCUUGAAGCCAACACAGAACCAGGGAUUUUCCAGUUUGAGGUUCUCUGAUUCUCCCCCACCUAAUCCCUGUUGCCAUGGAGAUCACCAAUGGGACUGAGACCUGGUUUGAGAGCCUACACACUAUGCUGAAGGCUCUAAAUUCCACUCUUCACAGCAAUUUACUCUGCCGUCCGGGGCUGGGACCAGGGCCAGACAACCUGACUGAGGAUCGGCGGGCCAGCCUACCUGGCCGUAAUGACAACUCCUACAUGUACAUUCUCUUCGUCAUGUUCCUAUUUGCUGCUACUGUGGGUAGCCUCAUCCUGGGAUACACCCGCUCCCGCAAAGUGGACAAGCGCAGUGACCCCUAUCAUGUGUACAUCAAGAAUCGAGUGUCUAUGAUCUGAUGCUAAGGGCCCUGGCAUGGCUGAAGAUCAAGAUGACCGAGAAUUAUCUUCUGGGGCCUCUCGGACUCAGUCAUGAACCACAGGAGUCUCGGAUUUCCUAUCUGUAAGAUCAACAAGAAGCAGUUGUAAGGGGUCUUUACUGGGGUGGGGGCAGAAGGGCUGGAAGACCUGCGACUGAUGGAUAAGGAUUUUUUCCAGCAAAGACAGAUUUUAUAGACAAUGGGAUCUCCAUGAACAAAUAUAUAGAGGUAGUGAAAAUAAUAACCAGCGGCUGAUCCACUGGCUAGAUUAUUUAGGCACUUGCGCAGAAAGAGAAGAAGUUAUAGAAGAGUGAAGUGAAAUAGAAAGGUGCACCAAGGAUUUCUUAAGUGUCAUCUUCAGUGACCAUGAGAGGCAGCAAUGAUUAUCCCAUAUCACAGCUAGGAAAUCUGAGCAAUGUCACUCACAUUUGUUCACAUUUUAUGUUUUCCAACACAUUUGUUAUUUUACAACCUGUGAGAGGAUCAGGACAAGUGCCAUCUGGGCCAAAGCAGUGCCACAACUAAAAUCCAGGAAGUCUGGUCUUCUUGCCUAGUGCUUUACAAAAGUCUUUUCCCCACAGGCGUGCUCCACAGCCCCAGUCGCGGGCACUUCACCUCUAACACAGCCUCUUCCAUUUUGAUCAAGUCCUAUGAGAAAUGUUCUGAUACCAAACUGAAAUCAGUGUCAAGAAGAUCAUUACCACAUACAUCUCAAAAAUGAUUCUAUUGAAAGAAACAGCAUGUAGGUACCUGGUUCAGUGGAAAGAGAACUAAUGAGGUAUAAGGCUCUAGCUGGUCACUUCUCUGAGCCCUUCCCCUCUUCAGCAUAAUGAAAUAGACCGAGAGUCCCAAAGGGCUCUACCACUUCUGACAUUCUAGGCUUCACCUGCACUAGGUUGUACAUAUAAACUUGCUGUGUUUUUACAGGUCAAAAACAGUUGAUGAGUGGUAGUUUCAUAUGGUUCAUUCUAAUAUAUGCAGCGUGGCAGAAUACUUCACAAGCUGCAAAUCUCAGGUUGGACCCUCCUACUGUUCUGUUUGAUUUCUUUUUAAGGGGUCUCCAUGGCAACUCCAGAAGGCCCUACUGGAACAAACAUACUUGUGUAUAGCAAAGAAUAUUUGAUAGCAAUAAUCUCUAAGGAGAAGGAUUAUGGGUGAUACGUCUUUCCUACUUUAAAAAUUUAUGUAGGGCCUCCCCGGUGGCGCAGCGGUUGAG